ACUAUCACAACGUGUCGUGCUUUUAUUCGGUUCGGUCCGGUCUUCAAAAUCGUGCUCGUGUGAAACCAACAUUCGGUUGCCUUAUUCCUUUUCGAUGGCUUCGCUAAAUAUCUGCUCCCGUUCUGAUUCCAGCGUAGAAUGUAAUCAAGUUUUCGAAAUCGAGCAAUGUCUGUACAACUUAUCAGACGAUUUCACCCGGCAGACCAGUUUGAGCGAAGAGUCGUUUUCAACCAACUCCCCAGUUGCCGAAGAAGCCAUCAAUGGGAAGCCGCCCCGCGUCAUGCACAGUUUCGCGGAUAUCCUGAAGCAACCCCUGGCCGAAGACGUUUUGGACCAGUUGUGCUUCACUGAGGUGCUUCUCGUGUGCGACGGAAACAAAAACGUCCUUGGAGGUGCCGCUAUUAACGUCACCCUGAUAGCGGAAGAAGUGCUGGCCGCAUUUUCCAGCACGAGACUUUCAUUCCCUGGCCAGUCUGCGGCCGAAAGUGAGCUCAUGUCGUUUGCGGACAGAAGCUGUCGUCCGCUGCAGGAGAGAAAACGCGAAACAUUGCUUUCUGGGAACACCAGGCAGAGGCAGGAAAAACAAAUACAGCUCUACUUUGACGAGCAUCAGAACGUGAUGGCUUAUCGGCAGGAGUGUAACGGUUUGCACACUGAACGCUUCCAGGGAAUGCUACGGGUGCCGGAAUCGGGCAAUGCCGGAGAAGAACAACAACAGAUGAUGCUUCUGCCAGACGGUUUGCAGCUCCUGCUGCUCCGUUAUCUCGUACUGAUCAAUUUCGUUGGGGAAAUCUGCAGCCAAACAGUCGACAUCCAGGGCAGAGUUGGAAAUUGUGUACAUAAACUCACUGCUGCAGUUCCAAUAACGAGGCAAACGGGCGACAAAUUAUCCGAAAGUGUGAAAGAAAUUAGGAAAAUAAUUCAGUAUCCGGGCGGAUCUGAGUCAGAAGAAAGCAUUUCAUACUACUCUACAACAGGCCGCCUACUGAGGCAUGCUUGGACAAAUUCAAAAUACCUUCUCAUUUCCAACCCGCUGGGCGGCAUACCGCCUUCACCGGUGGUUGAGCUGGAACGGAAUGUGAAAGAGUACGUUCAAGCCUUGACCAAGCUGAUAAGGAAUCGCCUUUCAAUCAGCAGCCUAAUCGACGAUAUUGAAUGUUCGGUAAAAGAGGUACAUCAGCUUACAAACAUUGUAAAUCCUCUUUUGGCUGAUAUAAUAAAAGAUUUGUAAAAAUAAUAAUUCAUAUUUUGAAAAGUACAUUACAGAUUUGA